UUUGAUAAUUUCUCAAUUUUAUUCUAAUCUGAAUUUUUUUAAAAAAAAAGGUUUUUGGCCUGAAAAUCCCAAAGGCAUUGAUAAAACGGACAUUUUGGCCUUUUGGUUUUAUUUUCACUCACUUUCGCUUCUUAUAUAGAGCUCUGCUUCUCAUUUCACCGUAAGAAAAAAUAAAACUCUUAAAAAGCCUAAACCUGCACACACAGCCCAAAUCUUUCUUCAAUUUCAAACCGGCUUUUUUCUUUAUCAUAUACACACACUCACUCGAAAAAAAUGGACAAAACUGGAACCGAGCUAUGGAGGCUCGACCACGUUCAGGCCGCUUUAUUCCGGCCGCCGGAGACACCUCAUGAGCCUAUGGAGUUCCUGUCCCGUUCUUGGAGUGUUUCUGCUGUGGAAGUUUCUAAGGCUCUUGCACCUCCCCAAAUGGCUGGUCUCUCAAAGACUCUUAGCGGGGGUAACGGGGGCUCUUGUGGUGGUCCCGGUGCAAUACCGGAGGAUUUGGUCGGAGAAUUAGAAGACGGUGCUGCGUUUUCCGGCAACCCAUUUUCUUUUGCGUCUUCCGAGACAUCACAGAUGGUUAUGGAGCGAAUAAUGUCACAGUCGGAGGUAUCACCUCGUACUUCAGGCCGGCUCUCUCACAGCAGUGGCCCUCUCAACGGAACACAGAGCUGCGGCUCCUUAACCGACAGUCCACCGGUAUCUCCCUCCGAGGUCGACGAUGUCAAGUUUUGUCGCUCGAACAAUCCCCUGAAUAAUCAAUUCAGGCCAACCCCCACCGUUGGCACCGUGGUCGCCACCGGUGGUGGAAAGACUGUCGGAAGAUGGCUCAAGGAUAGAAGAGAGAAGAAGAAAGAGGAGACCAGAGCGCAGAAUGCCCAGCUUCAUGCUGCUGUUUCGGUUGCAGGUGUGGCUGCAGCCAUAGCAGCCAUUGCCGCGGCCACUGCAGCCUCUUCUGGGUCUGGCAAGGAUGAACAGAUGGCCAAAACUGACAUGGCUGUGGCCUCUGCUGCCACGUUGGUUGCUGCCCAAUGCGUGGAGGCGGCUGAGGCCAUGGGCGCUGAGCGGGAGCACCUUGCCGCUGUGGUGAGCUCUGCUGUUAACGUUCGGUCUGCGGGUGAUAUCAUGACGUUAACCGCUGGUGCUGCCACUGCUUUGCGUGGUGCAGCGACGUUGAAGGCCAGGGCAUUGAAGGAAGUAUGGAAUAUAGCCGCUGUAAUUCCAGUGGAGAAAGGGACGGGAGUUGGUGGUAACGGUAAUUCCAAUAGCAGUUUCAGCGGUGAACUUGUUCCUGAAGAAAAUUUCCUUGGUAUAUGCAGUAGGGAAUUACUUGCCAGGGGCAGUGAGCUCCUCAAACGCACCAGAAAAGGAGAUCUUCAUUGGAAAGUAGUCUCUGUUUAUAUUAACAGAUCAAAUCAGGUUAUGUUGAAGAUGAAGAGUAGGCAUGUUGCUGGGACCAUCACAAAAAAGAAAAAGAAUGUGGUGAUCGAGGUGGUUAAAGAUAUGCCUGCUUGGCCAGGCCGCCACCUGCUAGAGGGCGGCGAGCAUCGUCGCUACUUUGGAUUGAAGACGUUGAUGCGUGGUGUUGUGGAAUUCGAAUGCCGGAGCCAAAGGGAGUAUGAUAUAUGGACUCAGGGUGUGUCAAGACUCCUCACCAUUGCAGCAGAGAAGGGUGGUAAUAAUAGACAUAGGGGUUAAAGGGACUUUGGUUGUUUAAAGGUUUGGUGGGGGAAACAGUUUGGCUAAUUGUGGGAAUUUGGGGAAAAUGGAAUAUAUAGGCCCUUUUGAACAUGAUAUAGAUAUUUUUGGUAUUUUGUUAUUUUGAUUGGGCUGUAUUUUUGUGUUCCUAUUGUAAAAAAAGGAUCAAUUAAAGAUAUAAGUUAAAUCCAAAUUGGUCUC